AUGAAUAACUUAGUUAAGGAACUCGAAAAUCCAGCGUGGUCCGAAGUAUCUACGCAGCUUCUCAAGAAUCCUUACAAUUUGAGACUUUGGGACAAGCUUGUCGAGACAGCAGAAAGUAAUAAUGGAAACCGUAUAAAUAAGAUUAGUUCACCACAAGAAGUCGAUUUACUUCGUGUAUCAUAUGAAAGUUUACUUAGGAAAUACCCGCUUUUAGUCAACUAUUGGAUAAAAUAUGCAGAAUGGGAAUUCAUGUUGGGAAAUACGGAAACAGCGAACGAAAUUUAUGAGAAGAGCUUGUUAAAUUUGUCAUAUUCAAUUGAACUCUGGAUUAGUUACUUAAAUUUUAAAAUAAAGACCAUUGACUCGGAUGUGAACAAAAUACUUAAUAUUUUUGAAUCUGCUAGAAGGAAGGUUGGAUAUCACUUUCAUUCACACGAAUUUUACAGCUUAUAUUUGUCAUUUUUGCAGAAUUAUGCAAACGAACACAAUGGAUUCAAGCUGAAGUAUUACGUGUUAUUACGUAUAAUCAUUGAAAUUCCAAUUUAUCAUUAUGGCAUAUUUUUCAAAAAAUUAUUUACUUCUAUUAAUGAAAAGAACUUGACUUCAGAAGUGAUAGGAUACUUAGUACCAGAAAAAGAAUUACAUCAAUUUGCAAAUAUAAAAGACAUGAAGACUGUGUCGUUGAAGCUAAAGAAGAUAUUUACGGAUGUUCUCAUUACCACCCAAUAUAAAGUAUUUCAGCUCUUUUAUUUUGAGAAAAAAAUUACCAGACCCUAUUAUGAUGUUUCAUACUUGUCUAACCAGGAGAUUCAUAACUGGAAUAAUUACUUGAACUUUAUUGAAUUGAAUUAUCCUUUAGAAUACGUUAUUUUAUGUUACGAAAGAUGUUUACUAACCGCUGCUAAUUAUUUCAGAUUUUGGAUUAGGUAUGCUAAUUUUUUCAUAAAUUCAAUGAACUAUACCAUAGCAAAAGAAAUACUUCACAGAGGUUUAAGUUUUAAUAAUAAUGAUAGGCUCCUUAUCAAAUUAGUGGAUUUGGAACUUUACACAGGGGAUUAUUUGAAGGCAAGAGACUUAGUACUAUCUCACGUUAAAGUAAAUGAAAUCAUUCCAAUUAAAGUGUAUGAAAAAAUGAUAAGUAUCGAAAGACUAAUGCAUCCAGCUGAUGAUGAAUAUUUAAUUAACUUGGUUUCAGAAAUUAUCAAACAAACUAAUAAUGCAUGGUUUUUCAGAGUUAUUUUAAAUUACCCAUUAUCGAAGCAAUAUUCUUUAAAAUUGUUCGAAACUUUUGAAAGUACUUUCAAAACUUCCUAUAUAUUUUGGUCUUCGUGGUUAUUCUUAAACAGAAAGAAUGGUGCUGAUAAUAGUACAAUUAUUGAUAAAAGUUUACAGUUCUUGAAAGGUGAUGAUAAAUUGAAAAUAAAUAAUAUAAAGAAUAAAUACAAGAAGAUCACGUCACCAAAAUUUGACGAAGAGUUCGAUAUAAUUUUGAAAUCAUUUGCUUGA